AUGCAGAAAGCUAAGAAAGUCGUUGACAACCUCAUUUCCAAAGAUGGAAAACACGAUACUACCGUCGACGAAGAAGUGCGACGGCCUGUGACCGAAGAGCAUGUUCGGCCCCAGGAGCAUGAACGUGUCGCCACAGCUCGUGAUAAAGAGGUCCAUCAAGAUCAUCACCAUACAACAGUACAACCGGUUAAAGAUAGUGAAACUCUUCCCGAGAAACAUUCUCACAAAGUUUUACCCACCGAGGAAAGAACUUAUGAGCACAACAAUAACAAGGAAGUUGAGGGACUCCUUAAACGUGAUGAGGCCAAGUAUAAAGACACGUCUGCUGUCCACGACACUACCCAUACCUCGUCUGAAGCGCCCACCACCACCGGUGAGCGAUGGCACCACCACGUUCACGAGCACGUCCAACCGGUUAUCGAAAAAGAAACUGUGGCUCCAAAAGUUGUCCACACGACUGCUCCUAUUCAUGAAGUCCAUCACACCACAUCGGCACACCACGGGACCAAAGUCUUGCCUCCCAAGACAAUGGACGAAUUCACUGGCGGUCAUGGUUCACUUCGGAGCCACGGAGCCAACAAGACUGGAGAAUUUGAGGGUUGUCCAAAGUUUGAUCGCAAUGAUUUGGAGAAAAAGAAUCAGGCGCAGGGAGUUGGUCGUUGA